AUGCUAAAAACAAUAAGAAUACAUAGCCUUCAAUCAGAAAAGAAUUCUUAUCGAAAAGAUUCUCCAUUGCCUUACGAUAACAUCUGGUUGAAUAAGACGAACAAUGGUCACGAUUCAAAAUCUGCAAAGCAUUAUAAAAUUCAAUAUACACUGACAAAUGGUCCAGCCAGUAGCUAUUCGCAAAAUGCUGUAUUACAAGCAUUUUUACUUGCUUAUAAUCGACAUGAGGAUAUUCUAUUAUCACCAGAUGAUCUUUGCUUGAUAAUUACAAUAAAUUUUUCGAAAUAUGUUAAUUCAAAGUCUGAACAACUUCGAUAUAUAUUUGUUGAUUAUCAAGACAAGAAAAAGCUUGUCAUUAUAGAACUUAUGGGAAAGCGUGAAGAAGAUUGA